AUGCCUGCAAGAAUAUUCAUCACGGGUGCUGCUGGUUAUGUCGGGGGACAAACCACUGGAUUAUUGAUGUCUACUCAUCCUGAGUACGAGGUGGUAGCAUUGGUCAGGAACGAGGAACAAGCCCUCAAGGUCAAAGGUCGCUGGCCCGAGAUCAACACGGUCAUUGGAACCCUAGACGAUCACGCCAUCUUACGCCAGGAAAGUACUAAGGCUGCUGUGGUCUUGCAACUUGCUAGCUCAGACCACAUCUCCUGCAUCGAGCCUCUGAUAUCCGGACUCGCGACCAGUGGUGGCAAGAUGGUCCACAUAUCCGGUACCGGUGUUCUCAAUGAUGCCUCGACUGGCUUCGGCAACCCUGCACCCAAGAUCUUCGACGAUGUCAAAGACAUCGAGGAAAUUACGUCCCUCGACCAGUCUGCGUUACACCGUAACGUCGAUGAUGCUGUCAUCACGGGCGGCAAGCAGCACAACGUCCCGACUGCCAUCAUCUGUCCUCCACUCAUCUACGGAAUCGGAGAAGGGCCGGUCAAAAAACGCAGCAUUCAAAUCCCAUUCUUGACCGAGGCCAUACUCAAACGAGGCCGCGCAUUUACUGUGGGCGACGGGAAGAACGUCUGGGACCACAUCCACGUCAGUGAUGUUGCAAAGGCGUGUGUUUUCCUCGUUGAAGAAGCACUCAAACCCCAGGGAUCGGCGCAGUGGGGGCCCACAGGCUACUACUUCGUAGAAUCCGGCGAGUUCGCGUGGCGGGAAGUGUCUGAGGCGAUUGCGCAGCUUGUGAAGGAAGAAGGGAAGCUCGAGGCGGCAGAUGUCGAUCCUCUUUCGGUCGACGAAGCCCUCAAAUUCCACCCCUGGGCGCCUGUCCUGUGGGGAGGCAACUGUCGAAGUAGAGCGAGCCGACUGCGCUCAAUGGGGUGGAAACCCGAGGGCCCAACCCUCUGGGAAGCUCUUCCUGCGAUGGUGAAGGCUGAGAUCGCCGCUUUGAAGCCUUGA